AUGCCCCAGGUCAAACGUGCACCGCAGCCCAAACAAGUCCAGGCCCAAAAACAGCAAAAACAACCCCUCCUCAAACAAUUCACCACCUUCACCAGAACAACACCUGGCUUCGAACGUUCCCUCCGUCUAAUCCAGGCGCUCUCCCAAAUCGCAUCAGACCUCUCUACCCACAAUGCCGUAACAGCCACGCGGUGGGAGACAGCCAAGUCGCAAAUAGCACUGACACGCCGCUACUUCCGCUUCCUCAACUUCAUCGACUUGUUCGAUCGGGUGUACACCCUCCUCGUGCACGGCGGCGACGGCGACAAUGCCGGUGCAGUGAGUACUAUGCUUGACCUCGGGAAAUCAAGUGCGUUGGGUGUUUAUGUGCUACUUGAGGAUUUGACUAUCCUCCACGCAAUGGAAAUAUACCCCCAAACACCCUGGUCCAUUGAUAUCCAAACGCAAGCCUAUAAAUUCUGGUUCUGGGGUCUUGCGCUGUCUAUUAUUGGGGCUAUGUGGUCGUUACUUUUCAGCAGCGGCAGUUCUCAAUCAAAGGAGAAUGAGAAUGAGAAUGAGGAAGGGAAGGGUGAUACAAGCGGGAGCAAGACGUUUGUGAAGCGGGUUAUCGUGGAUGGAUGUGACUUGAUGAUUCCUGGGUCGUCGUUGGGGUGGAUUAGUAUGGGGAGUGACAUGGUGGGGAUGCUGAUGGUGUUGAGUACGGUUGUUUCUGUGGGGGAUAUUUGGAGACGGGCGAAUGGUUUGAACUAA